UGCUCUGGAACGAGCUCUGGAACUACACGACAACUCAGGAUGGACACCAAGAUUCAGCUGAACUGGAUGGCAGUAUGUCUGUUUCUCACACUACCAGGGUCCCUUGCUCAGAGCCCUACCACCACACACCCCAAAGUGACUCAGGUGGCGAAUGUUACUGCCGCUCCCUCUCCAGCCAGAACUGGUGCGCCUACACAUCCCUCCUGUCCUGUUGAGCUCAACCCUCCCAGAGUAGUGGUGAGAUAUGGAGACUCAGUCUCAGUCAACUGCACAUCAUCCACAGACCCCGAGGGGAUGGGGUGGGAGGCCACGUACGGAGAUACAGGUUUGCAUGGAAAUGUAAACUUUGUCACCUGGACGGUGAGAAGCCUCAUGGACUGGACAAUAGAACCUAAAUGCUACGUCAAGUCACAAAAUGGAAGUCAGUGUACAGAGAUUCUCUCUGUCAUUCUCUAUAAGACUCCAGACAGCGUGUCUAUCUCUCCUCUGAGCCACUCUGGUCCAAUGAUGGAGGGGAAGGAGUACCAGCUGCAGUGUGACAUCCAGAACAUCGCUCCUCUACAGAACCUGGUUGUGAGGUGGUACAAAGGGAAUGAAACUAUAGAGACUCAAAGGUUUAAUGACUCCACAAAGGAAUCAGUGAAUAUGUCCUCCACUAUCACCAUCACCCACAGAAGAUAUGAGGGUGAAGUAGAGUACAGAUGUGAGGCAGAGCUGGACCUGGGACCAGAGGGACCAAAACCUUCUGUCUUUUCAUCAAAACCUCUUAAUGUUACUGUUUACUGGUCCCUUGCUCAGAGCCCUACCACCACACACCCCAAUCGACCGGUGAAAGUGACUCCCUCUCCAGCCAGAACUGCUCACACAAACAAGUCAACAACACCCACGGCUAAGUCCUUAACCGCCACAGUGACACCAUCUCCAACCACCUCUGAAAAAACCACCAUCUUUUCUCCUGUUGCCUGGGACGCAAAGUGGGAUGAACCAUUCAAUUAUGACUACUACUUCCUCCGUGUUGUUGGUCUGUCUAUGGCUGCAGCGCUCUUCAUCCUGGGUAUUAUGGUCAUUAGCUGUGGUAAAGUAUGCCGGAUGCCUAGGUGUCAUGUGGGCACAGGGAAGUCGUACCAAGUGGCCAGAGAGUAGUGAGGGGACAAACAUGUUACUGAGUGGCCUCAAGACACCAAAAGAGUUCAUCAGAGAGACAUGGAGAAACAACACUGAUACAACAGACAUUAUCGACCAUGUGCGUGUGUACGUUUGAGUUUGAGUUUAUUUUUACUGGGACAGUGCACAUUAUGUGUGUGUGAAAACGUUGUUGGACAAAACUCUGCGUCUGUCAUUUCAGAGAUGAGAACGUGAUAUGUGUUUCAUGUGCCUUUCCCACAGACUGCAAGUGAGACUCACUCAACAUUAUGAAAUUACCCAUCCCUCACUCUUCUAAAGACUUACCUGUAGUUUUGAAUGCAAGUUUUAUUAUACUUUGGCA